CUUCUUCCAUCCAAAACUCUCAACAAACAAACACAAACAUUCUUCUAAGCAAACAACUCAUAUUAUAUCCUCUUUUCUUAUUACCACUCUACUCUUUGGCGUAUCAUUUGGAUAAUAAUGGCUCGCUCUUUUUCCAGCGUUAAGCUCUUUUCUGAUAGAGUCUCUCUUGUUGUAUGCAGUAGGAAGGGAUAUGCAGUGGCAGCGACAGAAAGCAAAGGAAUUAGAGGAGGUGGUGGGGUGAGCAACAUGAUGAUGAACAACUUGAAAGAAGAAUCAGCUCCCAAAUCACAAUGGAUACCUGACCCCGUAACAGGUUAUUACAGGCCUGAAAAUCAAGCUAAUCAGAUUGAUGCCGUCGAGCUCCGCCAAAUGCUCUUGAAGAGCAAGUUCACACGACACUAACAAAUUGUAUUUAUCUGAAUAAUUAGUAAUAAGCCUUUCUUACCAAAAGUAAUUGUUAUGUAUAUUAGUGCUCUAGAUGAUGAGUAUUAUAAUAAGAUCACAAAUUCUUCCCCUCUU